UAUUUAAGUGGAAUUUCAUUGAUGCUGCAUUUUGUUUCGAACAGACAAGACCGUUGAUACGUACCUGGCGCAGACGGUAAAGAACUGUAUACGAGAGAUGGGCGUUCCUGCUGGGGCCGAUCGUAUCAAGGCUGUGGUGGAAAGUGGGGGGCGCCAAUUUAUCGCACUGCAUAUAUCGGAUGCAUCGCGAUAGGAAUAUUAUGUGGAAGAUGAAUAGUCUUUCACAAACUAAUGGCAUUAUUUCUGACUUAAGCAUUGAGAACUGAAGCCCAGAAUGACCAUUAUAUGAAGCAUUGGUCAGCCAACAUAUCGGAAAUGGAGAUAGCUGCGGAGCCGCGCCUCUGCCUGGACCUGAACGGGCGGACGGUGCGCAACAGCGAGCGCUACAUCCCCGGCCCGGACGAGUGCACCGUGUGCACGUGCCACGACGGCGAGCAGGAGCGGUGCCAGUCGGUCAUGUGCGCGCCGCCGCGGGCGUGCCGCCAGUACCAGGUGGGCAAGACGUGCUGCGAGUUCAUCUGCCUGGACGGCUCGGCCGGCGCGUCGCCGGUGACCCCGUACGGCGAGCGCGCCGGCACCGGCAAGGACCUGGGCCUGCGGCUGGUGGCG